AUGGCCAACCUUCAUCCAUAUUCCAAAUGCCUUCUCAAUGCACAUGCUUUGGGAGCUUUAGCAGAGGUUGCUGGACCUGGUCUUGAUGCCCACCUUGGUACCAUCCUUCAUGCUUUACUCACUGCAAUGGGCUAUACUGAUAUGGUUCAAAGUCUCGCCAAGAAAGCAGCAGAAACUGUUGUCACUGUAAUUGAAGAGGAAGGUAUCAAGUCUUCGCUGUCGGGGCUUCUCAAAGGAGUUGGAGAUAUUCAGGAUUUAGUCAGACAAAGUUCUGCGUACUUUAUUGGAUAUUUAUUCAAAACCAGUGAUCUAUAUCUUGUUGUUGAGGCUCCAAAUGUGAUAUCCACCCUGAUUAUUUUACUAAGUGAUUCAGAUUCAGCUACCGUGACGGUUAUUUUGAUUCAUUGUAUGACAUUUCUACAAUGCACUUCAAUGUACUAGU